GGCGUCUGGGGCCGUUACCCGUGUCCGUGAGGUGGGUGGAGUUGGACCCCGCCCCGCCGAGAAUAGGCGGAAGUGUCGUCGUCGGGGUUCCGGCCACUACUCUGGCCCUGGAGACCGGGAGGAGCAGCGGCAGGCUCGGGUAGUGAAAGAUAUGAUCUAGUGUGACUGCAGUGUUGGGAGAAGGACUCAUCUUAAACAGACUUCGAUGUGAAUGGCGAUUGGGGAAAUUAUUUCUUUUGGUUUUGCCAUGGGGAACAGUGCCCUGAAAGCUCACCUGGAAACUGCACAGAAGACGGGUGUGUUCCAGCUUACAGGGAAAGGCCUCAAUGAGUUCCCUGUAGACCUGCAGAGACUCGCAGCAAAUUUGAGAACGAUGGAUCUUUCAGGAAACAAGAUCGAGACUUUGCCUUCUGUCAUUGGGCAUUUCCCAGCAUUGAAGAGCCUGACUCUCAAUAACAAUAAAUUGGCUGUUCUUCCUGAGGACUUGGGCAAAUUGAAGAAACUGGAGAAUCUUCACCUCAGUGGUAACUCGUUGAAGCAUCUCCCUUCCAGCUUUGGGCAGCUGGCAGCCCUGAAGAUCCUGAGCCUCUCCGGGAACCGGCUGCGGGAGUUUCCUCUCCAGCUAUGUCAACUCCGACACCUGGAUGUAGUGGAUCUGUCCAAGAACCAAAUCCAGCGUCUUCCAGAUGACCUGGAACAGCUGCAGGCCAUUGAACUUAAUGUCAACCAGAACCAGGUCUCUCAGAUUUCACCACGCAUCUCCCGUUGUCCACGGCUGAAGGUGUUGCGGAUGGAAGAGAACUGUUUAGAAAUCUCCAUGAUCCCCAUCAGUAUUCUGGCUGAUUCCCAGAUCUCUCUGCUGGCUGUGGAAGGCAACCUCUUUGAAAUAAGGAAACUGCGAGACCUGGAGGGAUACGAUAAGUACAUGGAACGCUUUACAGCAACAAAGAAGAAGUUUGCUUAAUGAACACCCAGGUGCGAGAGCCUUUCAACUGUGGGACGACGGGCUGGCCUUUGGAUGGCUGGUUAAACGGUGGUUAAAUUUCUUAGCCCAGAAGAGUGGAAGUACCUGUGUUGUAGGAGACAUGACCAUCAAUUCCUUGCCUGUUUUACAGUUAAAGCUGACCGUCUUAUACAAUACUAAAUGCUGUAGUUUAAGCUGUUGUUAAAUGAGGGCAUGUAACGCUACCCACUCCCAAGCUACUGUUGUUGCUCCUUUGAUCUCUUCAACACUUUGCACACUACUUUGAGGGGUGGAAUCUGAGCAGGAAUAUGAAUGGUGCCCUAUAACCCACACUCUAACUGAUGGGAGUGAGGCAAUUGUCUGGGACCUGGGGCAUUCCCAUACUGUCAAAGCUCAGUUUCAAGGUAUAAUUGCACCGUAUUCUCUGGUCUGAGCUCUUGCUGAUGAGACAGGGUUACCAUUUGUUAUUUAGAACAAUGUAUAUAACAUACUUUGCACAUAAAAUGUUUUGUUAAUCCUCUGCUUAUUUUGGUCCUUGAUUUGAAGUGUAAAAACAGAACAGAGGGGAACAGGGUAAAGUUUCCUCAGCCUGCCCCAAUCUGUGCUAGACAAUCCCUGCUCAACCCUUCCUGCCUUGGGCUGGGGUAUGUGAUAAUGCUCUGAACUGUAUUUCAAUUACAGUGACUUCAUGGGAGAAUAUACAUCUUUAUUUUAGAAAAAGAAUUGAGACAUUUGAAGGUGAAAGGAGCUCAAUAAGUUUGUGAUCACAUUUCACAUUAUUAAACAUUAUUUCCCAAUGCACUCACA